UGGCUGAGUAUUCGGAGGGUCGGUCAUCAGCUGGGACAUGAAAACAAUUACACCGGUGUUUUGGUAACUGAACACGGGUUGGUCUUCUUCAGGAUUCGGCUUCCACCCAUACAUUGCAGACCUAUCAAUUUUUGGAACAUGUUUUUGUAUUCGGACACUGCUUUUAAUUAAAGCACUCCCAUUACACUUCAUGGGAUCUGGCCUACAAGUUUAAAAUACUUUUUAUUACAUUAAAUAUAUAUAUAUAUAUUUUAGUCACCGUUUGCAGGGUUUAUUAUUGCGUUAUGUUUUUGUAUGCGCUUUUCAUUUUUGCGUGUGUAACUAGAAAUUUACUUUUUUUGCACAUAAAACUUUCUGGAUUCAUAAACUGGGACAUACAAUUAUUAUUGAAGCACCUUCUCACUUUUCUUUUGUUUUAAACGCAUAUUAAAUCUUUAUAACCCGUGCUAUUUGCAAGGAUUGGGGUUAUAUUUGAAUAAGCAGCACUUAUUUUUCCCCUAAAUAUUAAACUUUUGGAAUCUAAAUGCAAUUACGUUUUUUUUUUCUUUUUGGAUGCCUUUAACUUCGUGUUUUAGUGCAAUGCAUUUUUAACUUUUCAUAUAUAGAUACCCAAAUGUCAGAGUCAAUUACAAAACAGAAUGCAACAUCUAUUCUGUAUGCCUAUAAAACAAUGCUUAAUAGCAAAUAAUGGUGGUAUUGUAUUCUAAACCACAUCUGCCUAAUGCGCAUUGCAAAAUCCAUCAAUUUUUAUGUUUUCUUUUUCUGUGGAAAGCUGGAACCUAUCACCUGAGUCAUCAGCUACAUCUUUGUUGAAUAAUUAAGCUAUACAUGUACAACAUAUUUUGGGGUUUAGAUGUUUUCCCCUCAAAUUGAAAGGUGGGGAAGGUGAAGAAAAAGGAUUAGAAAGGCACAAUUGGAUUUUGUUUGGGAUCAGAAUCUGUUGGUCCUCCUCUAAAACCUUUUGUCUAAGUGGUUGCUCAACUAAUUAAUGGGCCAGCUCAGUAAUGCUUACUAUAUAGAAGCUUCUACUAUCCUAUUGUUUGUUUGGGACCAUAUAAUUUUAAUUGCAUAAUAUGAUCAUCAUGGCAAGUGUGUGGACUGUGAGACUGAAGGAAUAGCUGUUUCUGACCCACUGAUCAUGUCCCAAGAGAUUGGACUUUCUUAUAACUGCAGUGAUGGAGAUGUAGGAACUGUAUGGGAAACCAAUGCUAUCCAUGUUGGCGAACAGCAGAUUGUCAUUAUAUCCACACCAGAUAUCUCAGGAGAGGUAUCUGGAAGCCAGACUCUCAGUGAGGCAGAGCUGAUGCUAUUUACAACCCCACAGGGACCUGGGACUGUGUGUGCUGGCCAGAAACCCACCCUUGGACGCCCACCGGUGAAGAGGAAAUUGGAUUUGGAAGUUGGACAGCGGUAUAUUCCAGAGGGACUGCAGACUCCCCGUGGGAAAGCAAGAAAUCCUGGCAGAGCUGUAAAGUCUCCGGGGGAAAGAUCACGAUAUGAAACAUCCUUGAACCUCACAACCAAACGUUUCCUGGAACUUCUAAGCAAGUCUGCUGACGGUGUGGUAGAUUUAAACUGGGCUGCUCAGGAGCUGAAUGUGCAGAAAAGGAGGAUCUAUGAUAUCACUAAUGUAUUGGAGGGGAUCCACUUAAUAACCAAAAAAUCAAAGAACCACAUUCAAUGGCUGGGGAACCGUUCUGUUGCAGAGUCGAGCAGUAGGUACCAACUGCUUGCAAAAGAUUGCCAGGAACUUGUCGCCAAUGAGCAACGUUUAGAUGAGCUUCUACAUAUGUGCACCACUCAGCUGAAACUGCUCACGGAAGAGGCUGAGAACCAGCAUUUAGGCUAUGUGACCUGUCAAGAUUUGCGUAGCAUUGCCGAUCCAUCAGAACGGAUGUUAAUGGUCAUAAAGGCUCCCCCCGAAACACAGAUGCAAGUCUCUGAUCCCUCUGAGGGUCUGCAGAUUUCUCUGAAAAGCACUCGUGGACCUAUUGAUGUGUUUCUCUGUCCAGAUGAUAGCUCUGGAGUUUGCAGCCCAGUCAAAAGCCCCCACAAAGUUCCUCAUUAUGAUCAGGCUCCUAUUGCCCAAGAUCAUGCAGGAUCACCUAGUCUGAAUGCUGCUCAGACUGUCUGCUCAGGACUACUUUCUUGUGAACAAGGGAGUCUUCUUUCUCCUGUGGCUGACAUUCCUCUUGAGUACACAUCAGUGGGUCUCCAACUCUCUCCUGUUUCCACAGCUGCCCUCCUAACAGAACCCACUGAUUCUCUGCCGGACUUUUUGCCAGAUGAAUUUAUCAGCCUUUCCCCUCCUCUUUCUCAGGAGUACCACUUUGGUUUGGAGAACAGUGAGGGUGUUAGUGAACUCUUUGACUGUGACUUCAGUGACCUAACAUCCCUGGAUUUGUAAAAGUUUUGUUGCACCUAACUUGUACCCCUUGUGCUGUCUUUCCUUUUAUUCAUGUUUCUGAAGGACUUGACAAAAAAGAUUUGUAAAUAUUAUUUUUAAUCAAGUGCUUCAUGUCAGAUUCUGCUGAGCACUUAACAUGCUCCAGAUGAGCUCUUGUAGUUAAUCAUAGCACUUACAUUUAGCUGUACAAGCUAUAUACAGGAUACGGGUUUUUUCAUUGUAACAAUGGUGUGGUGCAAGCUUGCCCACAUGUCAGGCUGUGCAACUUGCCUAGUGAUAAUGUAAUGAAGAACCUAUAGUGUGUUUUGUUUUUUUUCCCCUUUCAGAUAAGCUCAUUUUUUAACGUCAUGGAUCAAGUUAUACCUUCCACUAAUAACUGAAUUUUUCCCUGCAUAGCCUCUUUUUCUCAUAUAACCGGUGCAAUAAUUGUUCCAUAUUCCUUAAAAAAAUAAAAAAAAAUUCCCCACUGAGGUUCUAUGAAAAGGAGUUAUGAAGUAAUACGAUAAUUUAAAAUGAUGCAAUUGUAUGCCAUUAUGGGGACGUAAUAUAGGGAGCAAUGAUACAAUGAAUGAUGUAAAUGCAACACCUGCUUCAUUUACUUUCUGGUUUUCUUUUCUGUAACCUUUCAAUAUGCAGCAACUAUUUUGUGGUCAUAUCCCUAUUAAGUCAGGGACUAAAGAGCCUGGAUAGCACUGCUAAGUGCAGGUAUAAUCCUUUUGAUUGUGCCUCUAGUUUGCCGUGUUUAAGGGGGGGGGGGGGGAAGCCCAGGAAUUAUGAGCACAAAACCUCAUUUAUAUUUCCUUGGCCACUGUGAACUAGCAGUAGAAGCAGUAAAUCUUUAGAGCAUUACAUGUAUAUUUAUACUGAAACAUGCCUAGUAUUUAUAAUGGAGUAUAUUUUCUUUCUCUGCAUUCCUUGUGGUCUAUUGUGUUUUCUCUGUUAAGUGUAUGAUGGAUGAGGUCUGUGUGUUUGUAGCAAAUCCUAGCUUAAUUUAUCAGUAAAUAUGUAUUUUUAUUUUAUUUUUUUUCCUCUUCGAGUUUGCCAAUAAAAGAUUUUCAGCUGA